AUGGUCAAGGUCGCUGUCUGUGGUGCCGCCGGUGGUAUCGGCCAGCCCCUCUCGCUCCUCCUCAAGCUUAACCCCCUUGUCACCGAGCUCGCCCUCUACGAUGUCGUCAACUCCCCCGGUGUUGCUGCCGACCUCUCGCACAUCAACACUGCCGCCCAGGUCGAGGGCUACCUCCCCAAGGACGACGGUGUCACCAAGGCCCUCAAGGGUGCCAAGCUUGUUGUCAUCCCCGCCGGUGUCCCCCGCAAGCCCGGUAUGACCCGUGACGACCUCUUCGUCAACGCUGGUAUCUGCCAGUCGCUCGCCCAGGCUAUCGCCGACGCGUGCCCUGAGGCCUUCAUCCUUGUCAUCUCCAACCCCGUCAACUCGACCGUCCCCGUCUUCGCCGAGACCCUGAAGAAGGCCGGUUCUUACGACCCCCGCCGUCUCUUCGGUGUCACCACCCUCGACGUUGUCCGUGCCGCCACCUUCGCCGCCACCGUCGCUGGCAAGCCCGAGGAGGCCGGCAAGUACAAGGUCCCCGUCAUCGGCGGCCACUCUGGCACCACCAUCGUUCCCCUCCUCACCCAGUCUGACCCCGCCCUCCCCUCGUCUGUCCUUGACAACAAGGAGAAGCGCGACGCUCUCGUCAACCGCAUCCAGUUCGGUGGUGACGAGGUCGUCAAGGCCAAGGACGGUGCUGGCUCUGCCACCCUCUCCAUGGCUUACGCCGGUGCCGAGUUCGCCAACUGGGUCCUCGAGGCCGCCUUCAACGGCAAGCCUUCCAAGGUCCAGACCUACAUUGACCUCUCCGCCAACCCCGCCGGCAAGAAGAUCUGGGAGGAGCUUGGCAAGGAGGUUCAGUGGUUCUCUGUCAACGUCGAGCUCGGCAAGGACGGUGUCCAGAACAUCCUCCCCAUCGGCAAGGUCGAUGACGCCGAGAAGGAGCUCAUCAAGGCUGCCGUCGAGGAGCUCGGCCCCAACAUCAAGAAGGGUGUUGACUUCGCCGGCGCUCCCCCCUCGCAGAAGCUCUAA